CAUCACUACACUCAAGACACUGUCUACAGUCACCCCCUUCGUCCGCAGGGGGAUAGCGUGAUGGGAUGGCAAUGAUUGUACACCUCUGUGGCAAUAUCCUGCCUUUCUCCCUUCUGGUCCUGCUCCUCUCUCUCCUUCUGCUUUUCCCCUCCGGUGAAGCUCAGCUUCCCCAGGAUCCAAGGACCAGAUCAGGGCUCCUUUUCACGCAGACCUCCUACAAUGCCUCCAUCUUUGAAAAUUCUGCAGCUAGGAGCUACAUCAAGAGUGAGGUAAAAAUGGGAGUUGUUCUCGGGCCCUCUCGUGCCUCCAUUGUCAAAUACUCUAUCAAAUCUGGAGACACAGAGAGUCUUUUCCAGGCAGAGGAAUUUGUUCUGGGAGACUUCUGUUUCCUGCGCAUCCGGACAAAUAGCGGCAGUGCAGCCAUCUUGAAUCGGGAGGUGCAGGACAACUACACACUGACGGUGAAGGCAUCCACCAUGGGAGGGCUGGAGGCCUUGGCCACUGUUUACAUCAAUGUCCUUGAUAUGAAUGAUCUCCGACCCCUGUUCUCUCCCACUUCCUAUUCUAUUGUUGUCCCUGAGAGCAGUGCCAUGGGUGCAAGCGUGGGAAGGGUGACGGCGACCGAUGCAGAUGUGGGUUCCAACGGUGAGUUCUACUACUUCUUCAAAGAGAGGGUGGAGCUUUUCUCCAUCCACCCAACCAGCGGGGUCAUCUCCCUCACAGGCAGGCCCAACAUGGAGGAACGGAAUCGCUUCGAACUGGAGGUGCAGGCUGUGGACCGCGGCAUGAAGCUGUAUGGUAACAACGGUGUGAGUAGCACGGCCAAACUGGUUCUCACUGUGGAACGCAUUAACGAGUUUGCACCGGUUCUGAGUGUGGUGGCACUCAACCCAUCCUGGUUGGACAUAGACCCCGUAUAUGCAGUUGUUACUGUGGAGGAUCUAGAUGAGGGUGUCAGUGGGGAGAUAGAGUGGGUGUCCAUCAUCGCUGGUGACCCGUUAGAGCAGUUUGUUGUUGAUCGGUCUCCUGUGAGUAAUGACUACAAGGUGAAGACCUUAGAGCCUGUAGACUGGAAUACGUUUCCUUACGGCUCCAACCUGACCCUCCAAGCCAAAGACAGGGGCUCGCCUCCAAAGGUUUCCAACACCCAGGUGGUUCAGCUGCAGGUGAGGACGCCAGAGCCGUUGACUAUUCGAUUUGAGAAGGAGGUCUAUAGGGUCAAGAUCAGUGAGAUAGCACCCCCUGGCACCAUAGUAGAGGUAGUAAAAAUCUCCCCUGCUCCUCUCAACGUCAACUACAGCUUGAGCUCCUUCUCUGCCUCACAGUAUUUCACCAUGAACUCACUGACAGGCAUCAUUAAUACCGUGAGUCAGCUGACCACCAUAUCCCAGGAGUCUGUGCAAAUAAAGGUGUUGGAAUCUUUCACUCAACUUGAAACCAGGGUUCUUAUCAGCAUAGAGGACGCUAACGACAACACUCCCACGUUCCCCCGGCCCAGCUAUGAGGUCUCUAUCAACGAGAGCCUACCAGUGGGCACUGUCAUCCUGGUGGUGUCAGCAGUGGACAUCGACAAAGGGGAGAACGGUUGCAUUACUCACAGCAUUGCUGGUCUGCAGUCCAUACCGUUCACCAUAGAUCAGGAUACAGGGGAGCUGACUGUCACUAAGGAGCUAGACUUUGAGUCUUCAUCUGAGAUGUACAUGUUCUCCGUGCGUGCGUCUGACUGGGGCUCCCCGUACCGAAGGGAGAGCGAGGUGAACAUCACAGUCCGUCUGCUGAACGUCAACGACAACAAGCCGAUGUUCGAGAGGGACGCGUGCCGAGGCAUGAUAGCGCGAGACUUCCCCAUUGGCCAGCCCAUCCUUACCAUGUCGGCCAUAGACGUAGAUGAGCUGGACCUGGUUAAGUACCAGAUCAUCUCAGGGAAUGAAUUGGACUACUUCAACCUGAAUCCAGACUCCGGGGGCUUAUCCUUGAGGAGAUCAUUGGCGUCGGCAAAUCUGAAGAGCAACUUGUUCAACCUGAAGGUAGUUGCCACCGAUGGAGAGGCGCUCUCCGAGCCCAUGUUCGUGAACGUGUCCAUCGUGAGAGGUAGGAUGCCGCCCCGGGGCUUCACCUGCAGGGACACCAAAGUGUCCGAGAAGUUGGCUGAGAUGCUGCUGACCAAAGCAUCGGCCAUGAGCAAACCCAGGGUAGUUGAUGAUUACACAGACAUUUUCUCUGUCAACAAACAGACUCCGCAGUUUGAGUCUUUUCCCACCAGUAUUCUAGUGAGGGAAGACCUGGCUGUCGGUGCCAGCGUCUUCCAAGUGAGAGCACAGGACGGCGACACAGGCUUCAACGGGCGUAUUCUCCACGCAAUAUCUAACGGCAACAAAGACAGCUGCUUUGACGUUGACACGGAGAGCGGCUUGAUAACCGUGUUCCAGCCUCUGGACCGCGAGAGGACAGACCGCUACUUCCUGAACAUCACUCUGUAUGACCAGGGCCUUCCUCAGAAGUCUAGCUGGAGGCUGCUAACCAUCAACAUCGAGGACACCAACGACAACAACCCACAAUUCCCUCAGGAAAGCUACUCGGCCUUCAUCCCAGAAGACACUGCCGUGGGCACAGAUGUAAUCCGUGUCGCAGCCACCGACAAAGACCAAGGUCAGAAUGGAGAGAUGACCUAUGCCCUGCUAAGUGCUGUGCCCCAGUUUGCAAUCAACAGUGAUACCGGCGGGGUGUUUGUCGCAGGGCAGCUGGACAGGGAGGCAGUGCCAGUCUUCAGCCUGAAGGUCGAGGCUAGAGACAAGGCUGAGAGGAGCAGCCAGAGGCUCUCUGUCACCACUUUAACCAUCACGCUGGAGGACAUCAACGACUGUGCUCCAACGUUCAUCCCUACUAGCUACAGUGCCAGGGUCCUGGAGGACCUCCCUGUAGGAGUGGUGUUUGCCUGGGUGCAAGCCCAGGACCCGGAUGUCGGCCCUGGGGGGCAGGUCCAGUACUCCUUGGUCAACGACUUCAAUGGAACGUUUGAGGUGGAUGCUGUGAGUGGUGCUGUGAGGAUUGGGAAGGAGCUGGACUAUGAGAGGCAGCAGUUCUAUAACUUGACUGUGCUAGCUGAGGACAGAGGACUGCCAAGUUUGCGCUCUUUUUCCUUCCUGGAGGUGGAGGUGGUAGAUGUCAAUGAGAACCUCUAUGCUCCUUACUUCUCGGACUUUGCCGUAAGGGGCACAGUGAAGGAGAACUCACGGGUGGGCACGACUGUGCUAGUUGUGAGCGCCAAAGACGAUGACCGCGGCAGGGAUGGCGUGCUGAGGUACUCUGUCAGAGCUGGCAGCGGUCUGGGCAGCUUCUCAAUCGAUGAAGAAACAGGUGUGAUUUACACAACUGGUAUUUUGGACUGUGAGACGAAGGAUUCCUAUUGGCUGACAGUCUACGCCACAGAUCGUGGGGUGACGCCCCUCUCUGCUUCUAUUGAGAUCUUCAUUCAGAUAGAGGAUGUCAAUGACAACGCCCCGCUGACCUCUGACCCUAUCUACCACCCAGUCGUCAUGGAGAACUCUCCCAAGGAUGUUUCCGUCAUAUGUAUUCAGGCUCAGGACCCAGACGCCAGCGCCAUACCCACUCGCCUUAGUUACCGCAUCACUGCCGGCAACCCGCAGAACUUCUUCUCCAUUAAUCCCAAGACAGGUCUGAUUACCACAACCGCCAGGAAGUUGGAUAGAGAGCAGCAAGCAGAACACUUUUUAGAGGUGACAGUGAUGGAUGGGCCUGUAGCUUCCCGUCAGUCCUCGGUGUGGGUCAUAGUUCACAUCCUGGACGAGAAUGACAACAAGCCCACCUUCUCCGAGUCCACCUACCGCAUCAGUUUGGUCGAACGCGACCGCAACAAGCGCGGCGAUCCUAUCUACCGCAUGUUCGCUUUCGACCGCGACCAGGGAGAGAACGCCAAUAUUUCAUACAGCAUCGUCACCGGCAACGAGGAGGGCAAGUUCACCAUCGACCCCAGGACUGCUAUGGUGUCCUCCAAAAAGAUGGUCACGGCAGGAAGUUACGACACUCUCACGAUAAAGGCCAUAGACAACGGUGUCCCCUCACUGUGGUCCACUGCCAGACUGGAGAUUGAGUGGGUGCGCAAACCUGUGCCCUCCAUAGUGCCCCUGGUGUUCACAAAUAGAUACUACAACUUCUCCAUCUCUGAGGCCAGCUCCGUAGCCCAGCCCGUGGGCGUAAUUGCCGUCAGACUAACAACCGCACCGCUCUGGUUUGACAUCAUCGGAGGAAGGCCAGCCAGGGAGAUGUUCUACAUUCCUCAGAACGGGUGUGGGAGGAACUGCACGGCUGACACAGGCGGCUUCGACCUGUUACCGCUGCAGCUGGACAUGGGAACUGUUGUGAUAGCGAGGCCGCUGGAUGCGGAGGUACAGUCUGUCUACAACAUGAUGGUCCAGGUGACUGAUGGGACCAACAUCGCCACCGCACAGGUGUGUAUCCGAGUCCUGGACAGCAACGACAACCCCCCGGUCUUCUCCAAGCCCACGUACGACCUUAGCGUGUCGGAGGACACGCCGGCCGACACGGAGCUACUCCAGGUGCAAUCGUCAGACAGGGACGAACGGGCGAGACUCAGCUACUCUGUCCACGGCAGCGUGGACCCGGCCAGCAUGAGGCUGUUCAGGGUCAGCCCCGGGACCGGUGUGGUCUACACUGCCGACCGGCUGGACUACGAAGCCCGCACCCAGCACAUUCUCACUAUCAUGGUAAAGGACCAGGAGUUCCCCUUCAACAGGGACCUGGCUCGCAUCCUGGUGGCGGUGGAGGACUCCAACGACAACAUCCCCUACUUCACCAGCACCGUGUACGACGCCGUGGCCUAUGAGUCAUCUGGCCCUGGGGCCUCCGUCCUCCAGGUCACAGCCCUGGAUCGAGACACUGGUGUCAACGGCCAGCUCGUCUAUUCCAUAGAAGCAGGGAACUCUGGCGGUGUGUUUGGCAUAGACAACACCACGGGCCUCAUCUCCAUAGCCCGGGACCUGGACCUGAGCUCCGUGGGUUACUACAUCCUCACCGUGUGUGUCAGCGAUGCCGGCACCCCCCCGCUAUCAGCCACCUCCACGGUGCGCGUCUCCCUCAUGCUCUCUGACCUCUCCCUGCCCAAGUUCACCCAGAGAGAGUACCAGGCCGAGGUGAUGGAGAACUUGGCUCCAGGAACAUACGUGACCACCAUCACUGCCCUCAGCCGCUCAGCGUUGGUGUAUGACAUCACAGGGGGCAACGAGGAACGCCAGUUCACGAUCAACCGCCACACCGGUGUCAUCACCACACGCAAAAUACUUGACUUUGAGCGGGCUGCAUCCUACUCUCUGGUGGUGCGGGCCCGGAGCAUGGCAGGGAUGGAGGCCAGUGCCAGUAUCAGCGUCCAGGUGGCAGACCAGAAUGACAGCCCACCUGUUUUCCAGCAGACCAGGUACGUGGGUGUGAUAAGCGAGGCUGCCCCUGUCAACAGUGUGGUCCUGGGGGAGGAAGGCAACCCUCUGGUCAUCCAGGCCUCCGACCGCGACCGCAACCACAACGCCCUGCUGGUCUUCCAGAUCAUCGAGGAAACCGCUCGCCUCUUUUUCAGCGUGGACUCCGGGACCGGCUCCAUCAGAACCAUCUCUUCUCUGGACUACGAGACCUUCUCCCAGUUCUCCUUCAGGGUCCACGUGAGGGACAGCGGGCAACCACAGAGGACUGCGGACAGCCCUGCGGAGGUGUUCAUUAAGGUGCUGAACAUCAACGACUCUCCUCCCAAGUUCUUCCAGGAGGCCUACGAGACAGUCCUACUGCUGCCCACCUACCUGGGGGUGGAGGUUCUGAGACUCCAGGCCUCCGACCCCGACCUGACCUCCGACCCCGGGGUCAACCCUGACCUGGGGGCCAGCUCUCGGCUUGUGUACUCGCUGGCAGACAGCAACCAGGAGCACUUCUCCAUGGGCCGCUCCAGCGGCAUCCUGACCCUCACCAACCGCAACCUCCUCAAGGACCGCUACCGCUUCAACGUCAAGGUGUGGGACGGGCGUUUCUCCAGCACAGCGCUGGUCACCGUGUUGGUCCGAGAGGCCAUGGACAGCGGCCUGCUCUUCACCCGUCCCUUCUACACCGCCUCCAUCCCAGAGAACAGCUCCAACGUAACCGUGGUCACCGUGGUCAACGCCAUCGGACACCGCCUCAAUGAGCCGCUGAAGUACGUGCUGCUCAACGCCGGCGGUCGAUUCGUGGUCCGACCCACGUCUGGCGUGGUCCUGACGGCGGGGGUUCCCUUCAACCGCGAGGAGCAGGAGAGCUAUGAGCUGGUGGUCGAGGCCAGCCGCGAGUACGACCGCCUCAGGGUUGCUAGGGUUACUGUACAGGUGCAGGUGGAGGAUGUGAAUGACAGCUCCCCGGAGUUUGUCAACCUGCCGUACUACGCUGCGGUGCAGGUGGAGGCGGACCCAGGCUCGGCCAUCUUCAGGGUAACGGCCACAGACAAGGAUGCAGGCCUCAACGGGGCGGUGACCUACAGCCUCAAGGAGGAACACAAGAAUUUUGAGGUGAACCUCCAGACCGGUCAGCUAAGCCUGAGGAGGUCAUUCGAGGUGGACCUAUCCAACGCCGAGUACAAGGUGGUGGUGGUGGCCCGGGAUGGAGGCUCCCCCUCCCUAUCCAGCGAGGUGGAGGUGCCCAUUACUAUCGUCAACAAGGCCAUGCCCGUCUUCGACAAGCCCUUCUACGGCAUCACGGUCAGGGAAGACGUGGCAUUGGGGGCGGCCGUCCUCUGCAUCAAUGCCACCAGCCCCGAGGGCCAGACGGUCAUCUACACCAUCAUGGAGGGCGACCCGUCGCUGCAGUUCGACAUCGGCUUCGACACAGGGGUCAUCCGCGUGGUGUACCCGCUGGACUACGAGAACACGCAGUACUACCGGCUGACGGUGAAAGCAACGGACACUCUGACAGGGGCUCGGUCGGAAGUGGACGUGGACAUAGCCGUGCUGGACGUCAACGACAACCCACCGCUGUUCCAGAACGCCGCGUACGCUGCCACGCUGGCCGAGAACUCCAUGAUUGGAACAGCUGUGCUGCAGGUGCUAGCUCUGGACCAGGACUCUGAAAGGAACGCAGAGGUGAGCUACCAGAUCCUCUCAGAUGUCUUCAACAGCACCGACUACUUCCACGUGGACAGCAGCAGUGGCUUGGUCCUCACCGCGCGCAUGCUGGACUACGAGAUCACCCAACGUUACAACUUCAUCAUCCGGGCAACCGACCAAGGGGAGCCCCCCCUCAGCAGCGACGUCACCUUCACGGUGAUGGUCACCGACACCAAUGACAACCCGCCCGUUUUCAGCCAGGGGACGUAUGAGGCGUACGUAAGCGAGCUGGCCCCCCGGAGGCACUUUGUGACCUGCGUUCAGGCAUCGGACGCAGAUAUCUGUGACACCGACAAACUGAGGUACAGCAUCCUAUCUGGAGACGAGAGGAUGACGUUUGGGAUGGAUGCCGAAACGGGGGUGAUCACUCUGUCCAACCAGCGCAGGCAGGGCACAAAGGGAUCUUACCGCCUCAACGUGUCGGUGUCGGACGGGGUCUUCACCAACACGGCACAGGUAAACGUGCGCGUGUUGGGCGCCAACCUGUACAGCCCUGUGUUCAGCCAGCGGUUCUACCUGGCUGAGGUCAGAGAGAACGCCCCUGCCGGGUCAAAGGUCAUACAGGUGCAAGCCACAGACGAAGACUUGGGCUUAUUCGGUCAGAUCGCCUACUCCUUCAUCAACGACCUCGGAAAGACUCAGUUCAGAAUCAACCCAGAAGGACUUAUCACCACCGCCCAGAAACUGGACCGGGAGAACCCGCUUAACAAGGACGUAGUUCUGACCGUCAUGGCUCUAGACGGUGGAGGUCGUGCCUCCUUCUGUACCGUGCGUGUCGUCCUGGCUGAUGAGAACGACAACGCUCCACGUUUCCGGGCGGUGGAGUACCGAAUGAGCAUCAAGUCGGAUGUGGCCAAGGGCUCGCUAGUCACCCAGAUCCAGGCCACGGACCUGGAUGCCGGGCCCAAUGGAAGGGUCAGCUACUCCCUCUACAGUGAGGCGCGCCUGCCCCUAGUUGACGUCCUGGAGGUGGAGCCAGACAGCGGGUGGAUGGUGACCAAGGGUAGUGUAGACCACCUCCAGGGCACCAUCCUGUCCUUCUUCGUCAAAGCCACGGACCGCGGCACGCCCAUCAAACACUCCCUGGUGUCGGCCUUCAUCCAUGUCCUGCCUCCGGAUGCCUUCGUGCCCUCCUUCACCCAGCCCCAGUACUCCUUCACCAUCCCUGAGGACACUCCCGUGGGCACAGCCCUGGGCUCCGUCUACCUGGGGCCUGGUCAGACGGGGGCCUUCAGUGGGGUUGGGGGGGAGACUCCUGAGAGCAACUUGGGGGGGACGUUCCUGGUGGAUCGCGAGACGGGCCUCAUCCGCCUGGUCGUGGCACUGGACUACGAGGUGGUCAGCAUCUUCCGCUUCAAGGUGAUGGCCACCACACGCCGGGACCUGAUCGAGGCCAUCUCCACGGUGGACGUGGAGGUCAAGAUCCUGGAUGUGAAUGAUAACAAGCCGUCCUUUGAGACCAGCUCCUACGUUGCCAUGGUGAUGGAGGGCAUGCCGGUGGGCACCAGGGUCGUGCAGGUUCGGGCGCUGGACCCAGACUGGGGCUCCAACGGACAGGUCACAUACAGCAUCGGACCGUCGCUCAACCAGAAGCAGGACUCCAGAGCCGACUGGGCCUCAGUAGACUCGGCCGCCGGCUCCAGCCCGACCCGCUCCACCGACACGGGCGCUGUGUUUGCCAUCGACAGCAAGACGGGCUGGAUCACCACCACGGGCCCCCUGGAUCACGAGGCCUGCCCCAGCUACACCUUCGUGGUGGUGGCGUCCGACCUGGGCGAGCUGUUCUCUCUCUCCUCCAGCGCCGUGGUUACUGUCACUGUGGCGGACGUCAACGACAACCCCCCGCGCUUCGAGAGGGAGUUCUACCGGGGCGCGGUGCGGGAGAGCGACCCAGUCGGGGAGGUGGUGACUGUUCUGAGCACAAAGGAUGGAGACAGCUCGGAGCAGAGUCGACUGGUCAGCUAUCACAUCACUGGGGGUAACCCGCGGGGCGUGUUUGCCCUGGCCCCCGUCCUGGGGGAGUGGAAGGUGUUUGUGAACGGCCAGCUGGACAGAGAACAGCAGGACUGGUACCUGCUCAACAUCACCGCCAGCGACGGCCUGUACGUCACUCGCACCGCUGUGGAGGUCACCAUCAUGGACGCCAACGACAACAGCCCCGUCUGUAACCAGGCAGUGUACAGCAUGUCCUUCCCUGAAGAUACUCCUCCUAAUAAGGGCAUCUUGACAGUGGGGGCUACAGAUGCUGAUUCUGGAUCUAGUGCUGAGAUCCAGUACUCACUGUUUGGGAUAGGAGUGGAAGACUUCUUUAUGGACGCCAAUACGGGUGAGUUAAGGACAGCCUCUCUCAUGGACCGUGAAAAGACAGCCAGCUACAAGCUUAUUGCCCAGGCAACCGAUGGAGGCGGGCUCUUCUGUCGUUCAGAGAUUUCCGUCAAGCUUUUGGACAUCAACGACAACGCCCCCCUAUUUUCUUCCAGCCAAUACCUGGCCACGGUUUACGAGAAUGCCGCCCCUAAAGCUCUCUUGACCAGACUGCAAGCUAACGACCCUGACCAAGACCUGAACCGCAUGGUGCUCUACACCCUGCUGGACUCGGCCGACGGCUUCUUCUCCAUCGACCCCGUGUCGGGUGUGUUGGUCCUGGAGAAACCUCUGGACCGCGAGGCCCGCGACUCCUACCGGGUCAGGAUCCAAGCGGCGGACCGGGGGGGCCGGCAGGGGGCACUGUCCUCCCAGACAGAGCUGACCGUGGUGGUGCUGGACGUCAACGACAACGCCCCCGUCUUCCUGAGGAGGGACUACGCCGUCACCGUGCCCGAGGACGUCGCUGUGGGAACCGAGGUGUUGAGGGUGACUGCCAGCAGUGCUGAUAUGGGGCCCAACGCGGAGAUCAGCUACAGUGUACGCUCCGGGAACGAGCUGGGGAAGUUUACCAUCGACCGGACCCUGGGCUCCAUCUCCAUAGCUGAUGAUCUGGACUUUGAGGUGUGUAAAGACUACUUCCUGACUGUGGAGGCCUUGGACGGCGGAGCCCCUCCCCUCAGCGCUGCUACCAUGGUAACCAUUGAGCUUAUGGACGUCAACGACAACGCCCCGACUUUCAGUCAGGACAUCUACAAUGUCCUUGUCGGCGAGGAUGCAUCCGUCGGACAAACCAUUACCAGGUUGCUGGCUGAGGAUUUGGACAGCCAGGUCAAUGGCCGCAUCACCUACUCUAUCCUGAAGGGUGACCGUGGAAACCAGUUCUGGAUUGAUCCGCUGACAGGCCUGCUCAAAGUCAACAAGCGUAUGGAUCGGGAACUGGUGUCGAAGUACUCUCUCUCGGUCCAGGCGUUUGACAGCGGAUCCCCUGCCAUGUCCUCCACCGUCACCGUCAACAUCAACGUGUCGGACGUCAAUGACAACCCUCCUGUCUUCUCGCCGCCCAACGCCACCGCCAACAUCCAGCUCAACCAGCCGGCAGGAUCCACCCUGCUCAAGCUGUCCGUCGCCGAUAAGGACUCGCCAAAGAACGGCCCCCCGUUCGAGUUCCGCAUCAUAUCGGGCAACGAGGGGAACACUUUCUCCGUGGACCAGACGGGGGAGCUGCGCGCCAACCGUGUGUUUGGACCCGACGCCACCAGAGAGUUUACCCUGGAGGUCCAGGCCAGGGACUCUGGUAAGCCCCGCCUCUCCUCAUCGUCCUGGGUGUUUGUCAGGGUGAUCGGGGACAGCCAAUACAAGCCCACCGUCUACCCGCUAGAGGUGUUCAUCGUCAUGGCAACGGACGUCUUCCCGGGUGGUCCAAUCGGCCGGAUCUCCGCCACGGACCGUGAUGUCACCGACGUGCUCUCGUUUACCCAGAAACCCCUGCCCAAGAGCAUGUUCAAAGUCAACAGGCAGGAUGGCAGCAUAGUGGCCAUGGCUGGACUGGAGCCUGGAGGCUACCAGCUGAACGCCACGGUGAGCGACGGCCGCUUCUCCGUCAUCGCUGAGGUGCGGCUGCGGGUGGAGCAGGUGACGGACGAGCUCCUGCGCGGCGCCGUGGUGCUCCGCUUCCCCGCCCUAACCCCCGAGGAGCUGCUCAGCCGCCACCUGGACGAGGUCCAACGCACCCUGCGCUCCCUGCUGGGCUGGUCCCCGGGCCAACAGGACCCCCUUCACGUCCUGGGGCUCCAGCCCGUGUCGGGCACCCCCGACCUGGACCUGCUGGUGGCUGUGGAUCGACCGGAGCUGGGGGCGGAGGUGGAGGGGGACGCUGGGGGUUUCUACUCCCCGGAGGAGGUGGCGCAAAGGCUGCGGUUGGCCCGGGGGCGGGGGGCCCUUCGGGGGGCGCUGGCGGGGGCGGAGGUGGUGGGGACGGGCUGCUCUGGGGAGCUGGACUGCGGGGAGCAGCUGUGCGAGGCGAGGAUGGUGGUGGAGGCGCGCCCGGCGAAUCCCUACAACACAGACCGACUGAGCCUGGUGACGCCGCGCUUCACACGUACAGAGACCUGCUCCUGCCCUGGUGGCGCCUGCCCCACCCCUCUGGAGAAGUGUGAGGGCCAGUCCUGUCCAGGGGACAUGCAGUGUGUUCGCUCCGGCCCCACGGCGCCCUCUGUCUGCCAGUGUCUACCCAACAGGCUGGAAGAGUGUGCAGGUCAGACGUCUCUGAAUUUUGCGGGGAACAGCUACAUAAAGUACAGGGUGACUGACAGCAUCCAGGAUGGAGAGAUUAGGCUGGGGCUGAGGAUCAGAACGCUGCAGAGCAGGGGAGUCAUCAUGUUCACACGGGCUAACCCCUGCACCAUGCUCAAGAUUGAAGGGGGGCGCCUGUGGUUCCAGCAGGACUGCGACAACACCCUAGGCAUCAUGGGUAUCUCGGGCCGACCAAUCAGCGAUGGACGCUGGCAUGCCGUGGCACUGGAGCUGACUCAGAACUACACCCUGCUCUCAUUGGACGACAGCUAUGUGGAGCGCCGGAGGGCUGCGAGGGCCCCCAUACGCCUGUGGCCCCUGGCCUCAGACUCCUCCUUUUUCUUUGGGGCCCAGGUCAGGCCCCCCGGCAGCCAGGCGGAGAGCCAGGGUCAGGGGCCGGGGCCCGGGGAGCGGGCAGGGGGGACUAGGGUCCCGCCAAGGGCCCAGGAUGGCUUCCAGGGCUGUCUGAGUUCUUUGGUACUGAAUGGGAACGAGCUGCCCCUCCAGAACAAGAGGAGCCGUUACGCUGAGAUAGCCGGCCUGAGUGAGGUGAAGCUGGGCUGCGUCCUCUACCCCGACCCCUGUGUCAACCAGCCCUGCUUGAACGGAGCCAUCUGCAACAGCCUGCCCUCUGGGGGUUUCGGAUGCAGUUGCAGCACAGGCUUCACUGGGGGGCGCUGUGAGGUGGAGCUGACAUCAUGCAUCCCUAACCCCUGUCAGAACGCAGGGGAUUGUAAGUCUGUGGGCAGCACCUUCCUCUGUGGUUGUCCCAGAGGCCUGGUCGGACUCAUAUGUGACGAGGACGUGAACGAGUGUGAGAGGGAGGAGUGUGAGAACGGAGGGCUGUGCGUGAACACGUUCGGAGCCUUCUACUGCAACUGCAGCGAGGGCUUUGAGGGUCAGUUCUGUGGAGAGCGGGCCCUCCGGGAGCCAGGAGGUGACACCAAGGCGGAGCCCUUGUCUUAUCUGGGCCCGGGUGAGAUCGUCGGAAUCGGGGUCCUGAUCUUGGUCGUCCUCCUACUCCUCGUCCUCUUCGUGGCCUUCAGGAAGAAGGUGUCCUUCAGCAAAGCCCCCAACACGGUCGGACAGGGGGUUAUGGGGGUCUCGGCUGUCUCCACGGAAACCAGUUACAUGCUGCAGAAGACGGGCAUGGGGGCAGAUGGGAUUGAGUUCAAAGCCAUCCGUGUCUGCGGUUCUCCGGGGGCUGGCGGCGGUAGCUAUGGAGACGGGGUGGGCACCGGCGGCCCCCCCCAGGUCAUGGUACGCCCCACCGCCCCCUCCCCCCUCCCCGGUCACCCGGGAAACCAGGGGAGUCGGAGUGUUGACGGGGACAAGACCACUUCUAGCGAAGGCAGUCAGAUGAGCAGCUUCCUGUCUGACCUGCCCAACAUCCUGGGAGGGCCCAGUCGGAGGGCCGUGGCCGUAUGCAGCGUGGCCCCCAAUCUUCCCCUGACCUCACCCUGUCACUCAGAACGAAGCCCCUCCCACAAAGUGUCCUGGGAGAUGGAAGGAGAGAGAGAGGAGGAGGAGAUGGAGAGGGAGAGAGAUGAAAGGGAGGAGGAGUGGGAGCAGAGAGCUUAUGAGUUAGAGAGAACACAGAGAACUGGCAGUUCACGGGUGGAGGACCUGGUGGAGGAGAUCACCUGCUUCUCAGACAGCACCUCAGAAGCUCACUCUCUCAGCUCCUUCACGACAGACUCCUUCGACGACAACGCCUCCAUAGUGACCGUCAUACGGCUGGUAAACGAUGCUGUGGACUCGAUCGAAAAUGAAGUUUCAGAGAUGGAUGGAGGGCAUCCUUACAGAAGAACAGCUGGCCGCCAUGUUGGAUGCCAGGACGAGAUACGAGUGGAGGUCGUCAAGGAGUACAUUGUGGACUCCUACCACUGGGAGUCCUCCAAUUGGCUGUCUCCAUCUCGCCUGCGCCCCCUGGAGGCGGGCCCCUCCCCUCACUACGAAUCCGGAGAUGACCCUGACGCCAUUAGGCGGGCAGGUAGCACACGCUCCCUCCAGCUGGACUACAGGAGGGCAGGCUCCGGCUCCGAGAGGGGCAGGGACGGGACGCGGUGGGGGCUGGAGGAGCACCACAGAGGGGGGUUCCAGUGGGAGAGGAGGCAGACCGCCCUGAGGGGGCGGAGUCAUGGGGAGGAGGGGUGGUUCACCGGCGGGAGGAGGGGGGGGCACCAGCAAGCGAGUGGGCGCGAGAGCUGGGGGGGGCCCUCAGAGGGUCUUGGGGCCCACGGUCACAGGGACUUUCCACUGUUACACGCUCGCGACGAGGAGAGCUCCUCCCCCAUCUACGAGGAGUACCGCGACAGCGCCCCCGAACCGGAGCAGGAAGCGGAGGGCCACUACGACACUCUGCCUCCGACACGCUCUGCCUACGAGGGCUACCCCUCCAGCCCCCCGGGGCUGAACCUCCACCCUGCCCAGCUGUUGCCUCCGCUGCGGGCCUGGGAGGGCCAGGCGGCGGGCUGGAAGCCCCUGCAGGAGAGCCAGGGGGCUCUGGGGUCUGGGAUGGGCUCUAGGUCCGGGUCCGGGGACGAGCUGGAGAGACUGCUGAACCUGGUGUCUCUUAGGGCCAGGCGGGCCACACGCACUCAUAGAGCCUCCGUCAGCUCCGAGCCCACCGCGGGCAUGUACUGA